AUGAAUCCCAAUCCUUCUGACAACGGCCCUGAGGAACCUCUGCAAUUGUUUCCGGGAACUCCUGAGCAAGCAAAGCAAUUUCAAGAAUGGGUCGAGGCAGCAGAUAAACUUAUCUGCUUUGAAGAUGUUGCAGAAUGGAUGAGGGGCAAUGCCAACGUUCUUUUGGAACAUGGUGACGAAGUCGAGGUCAUUCAACAGGUGUUAGAUAACAUUGCCAAAGAUUUUCAAAAGAAAAUUUCUCCCACAGCCACCAUCAAGCUCCCAGGUUAUGGGUAUCACCUGGAUAGAAUGCCUGAAGGCCACUUCCCCGUCUUCGCAACAGAUACUGGAACCGAAUGGAAUGCCGGACCUCUGUUUGUCAGAGAGUUAUGCAUACUAAAGGUUGUCGAAGAAAUCACCAACAAGCCAGGGUGGUGGAGUAAUAUUCACGAUACUCAUAUAAUAGACAGAUGGAAGAAAGAGAUACUUGGGCUGGAGUGGAGCAAGUAUUUGACGUACGCCGACUUUACGCCUUCUAUGGCAGAUUGGUGCAUCGAAGAGCUGAAGCUCAAAGCGGACCUGUAUAAAAAUACAGGCCUCAUUCCUGUCUUAGACUACGAUGACUGCGUUAUCAAAUCCGACAAACUCGUGCCAGAAGCCUUAAAACGGGAACUCUCUAUUGGCAGCAAGAAACUAUCACAAGCCAUACCAGAUGACAACAUAUCCCACGAUCUACCACCUUCCAUUUGA